GCGUCGGCCGCGGUGACGCGCGGCGGGCCGGGAGCCAAUGGGAGGUGGGCUGGGCGCUGAUGGACGGGGCCAGCGGCCAGUGGCGAGGCGCUGGCUGCACUUCCCGUCGGGGAGAGAGUGUAAUAUGGCGAAGACCUACGAUUACCUGUUCAAGCUGCUGCUGAUCGGGGACUCGGGGGUGGGGAAGACCUGUGUCCUGUUCCGCUUCUCCGAGGACGCUUUCAACUCCACUUUCAUCUCCACCAUAGGAAUUGACUUUAAAAUUAGGACCAUAGAGCUCGAUGGCAAGAGAAUUAAACUACAGAUAUGGGACACAGCUGGCCAGGAACGGUUUCGGACAAUCACAACAGCCUACUACAGGGGCGCAAUGGGCAUCAUGCUUGUCUACGACAUCACCAACGAGAAGUCCUUUGACAACAUCCGGAACUGGAUUCGGAACAUUGAGGAGCACGCCUCUGCAGACGUCGAAAAGAUGAUACUUGGGAACAAGUGUGACGUGAAUGACAAGAGACAAGUUUCCAAGGAACGGGGAGAGAAGCUAGCUCUGGACUAUGGAAUCAAGUUCAUGGAGACCAGUGCAAAGGCCAACAUCAACGUGGAAAAUGCAUUUUUCACUCUCGCCAGAGACAUCAAAGCAAAAAUGGACAAAAAAUUGGAAGGCAACAGCCCCCAGGGGAGCAACCAGGGAGUGAAAAUCACGUCAGACCAGCAGAAGAAGACCAGCUUUUUCCGAUGUGUUCUUCUGUGAGGAACGCCGCCUUACUCUGAGCCUCGCUCAGCCGAGCUGACUGUGCCUGCCCUGAGUGAGCCCCUCACUCAGCUGGGGCCCUCCCCCCAAAACGUCCCCGCCGUGGCCACCGGGCCUACGGCCACCAGAACACAAUUGAGAAAUUGUUUAUUUUAGUAACUGUCUAAUCUUUUUCAACUUUGAAGAUGGAAUAAGUUAAGGAUUUGCUAUUUUUCCUGUGACGUCCGCCGAACUGGCCCACGCAUCGUGUGCCUGGAGAGGACGAUGGAGACGAGGUGAGCCUCCAUCUCCGGGGCGUGACACAACUAAAACCGCACCAGAAAGCCCAUCGACAUCCCCCACCGCAGAAGUGAGGUCCCCAAAGGCCAGUGAUGGUUCCCGGAGUGCCCCGCUCUGCACCAUCAGCGAGGUGACCCACACCAGGCCCUGGAAGCAUCCGCUGACACAGCUGACUCCCACUUUCACCUUGUCUCUCAGUUUUGGACAA